CUGAAGUCAGGGCAGCCAGAGACUAUGAUGUUUAUCUUUGUGAUACUGGGACUUCUGUCUUGCAAUGAAGUAGCAGGGUCCAGUGAUGUGACAACUGUGUUUGUGCAGAAGGGGAAGGAUUUACAUCUGGAUGUUAAUAAACCUGUUGUUCUAGAAGAAGACACUGAAUUUAGAUGGAAAUUCAAUAAUACUCACAAUGUAGUAAGUUUAUUUCCUGAUAAAAGAACAAUAAUAAGUAGCAGUCAUGUAGAAAGGACUGAGGUUUCUCUACAAAAUCACUCUUUGCUGUUGAAGAAUGUGCAACAAAGCAACAGUGGAGAUUACACCGCAUCGAUAAUUGGGGACAAAUACCAACAUGUAGCUGAAUACGAGGUCAUAAUUCAAGAUCUAGUGUCUCCAGUCCAGCUGUCAGUGGACUCUGUGUCUAACAGCACAGAGUCCUGUAACCUCACUGUGAGCUGCAGUACAGAGCACUCUCACAUCAGCAGCACUUUUAGAUGUGACAACCAAACCUGCUAUCAGAAGGGAGGAGAGCAAUCAGAGGUCACAACCUCUGGUUCUUCUCUCCAUGUCUACCUGUUGAAUGACUACAUCAUCUGUAACCAUAGCAACCAGGUCAGCUGGACCAAAGACUUGAAGAAGAUUCGGACUCUCUGCUCUCUGAAUACUGCUACUAAUGGGAGCCUUACAGUAGGCAGCUGGAUCAGGAUCAUAGUCAGCUGUUUGGUCGUCGGUCUUUGUAUUUGCUUUGGCCUUUUCAAAAGAAUCACUAUAUGUAAGUCCCAAUUUAAAUUUCAGCACAAGAGUAAUAAUGUAAUUAAAAUCUUCAUCGCUGUUUGUAUUUGAAUUCCAGUAUUGUAGCAGAGAAUAUCUACCACACC